AUGGAGCAACUCCACGUUAGGACGCCCCUUAUUGAAAGUGUGCCGCUUUCAAAAUUAUCUGGUUUUAAAGUUUAUUUAAAGUUAGAAAAUACACAGCCUUCAGGAUCUUUUAAGUUAAGAGGUCUUGGACAUCAUUGUGUCAAGGCAAUCAAAAGAGGAUGCAAGCACUUGGUUUGCUCAUCAGGUGGAAAUGCUGGGAUGGCUGUGGCCUAUGUUGGUCGAUGUCUAAGAGUACCAGUAACAAUUGUGGUCCCAGAAACAACUUCAAAGGAAGCAAUUAGUCGAAUAAAGGAUGAGGAAGCCAAUGUUUUAGUCCAUGGGAAGUUUUGGGAUGAAGCUAAUGAAUUUGCAAAAGAAAUAAUUUCUACUGGCAAGGUUGAGAAUGGCACACUGAUCCACCCUUUUGAUGAGCCUGAAGUAUGGGAGGGUCAUAAAACCAUGAUUGACGAAGUGAAGGAGCAACUCAAUACUACACCAGAUUUAGUGGUUUUGUCAGUUGGUGGAGGGGGCCUCAUGAAUGGUGUCCUUGAAGGUAUGCAUGAAGCUGGUUGGUCACAUGUACCACUCUUGGCCAUGGAAACCAUUGGUGCAGAUAGUUUUGCUGCAUCAGUAAAUGCUGGGAAGAUAGUCACACUACCAGGUAUAACAAGUGUUGCCAUGUGCCUUGGAGCUGUUACUGUGUGUGAAACCUCAUUUCACUGGACAUUUAGACACAAAAUUAUAAGUCAUGUAAUUGAAGAUGUGGAGGCAGUAAAUGCUUGUCUGCGAUUUCUAGAUGAUCACAAGUUCCUUGUUCAGCCAGCAUGUGGUGCCGCUCUUGCCUCAGUUUAUGCAAAUUCAAUUAAAAAGUUACAAGAGCAGAAAAAACUCGAUGAUGUGAAAACAGUGGUCAUCAUAGUCUGUGGAGGACAAGGAAUCUCUCUCCAGCAGCUACUAGCUCUGAAAACGAAGUUCAAUCUGUAAGCGAAUUUUUAACAAACACAGAGUGUAUU